AUGGGCAUGGUAACGUCCGGUAGCCUGGCUACAGAAAGUGUUGGGCCAUGCUAAACUGUACACGGUGUACCAGACUAUUGUGGAGACGGUGAGAUACGGCGUGAAAAUGGUGAAGACGCUGAAGAAGACGAGCUGUGACGUUCCUUCAACUUCCCUGAGGUUGGCACCUCCUCAGGGAAGACGCCUGCCUGUGUUUCACAGGCAGUGCGCAAACCAGCUGGUACACGCAGACUGUGUGCUCGUACUCGGAGAACAAAGGUUCCAGCGUGUUCCUUGUUCUCACUGGGAGGGUACUGGGGCCAGCGUGCCCUUCAGCUGGAUUAAUCUUGAGAAAAGAUGCACAGAUAACAUGAGAAAACAUGAGAUUAAACAGAGAGAAUAUGAACAGAAACUAAACAGGAAAUAUGACUUGAAACUGAGAGCAUAUGAGUAUAAUCACAGAGCAUACGAGUUUAACCUGAGAUACCACAUCGAUGAUACUGAGCCUAGAUGCAGUGACUAUCUUGUGCAGAGAAGAAGGGUGAGUGAACUGAAGAUGCGGAGAAUCAACAAAAUGACAAAGCAGAGAGUAAGUAAUCAGAAAGCAUUGAGAAGCUUGAAGGUAAGCAGACAAACAUGCUGUAGCAGAAGUCAGGUAUUGGAAAGUUAUGUAGAGUACUGUCAAGAGGCAAAGAAGGUUUCUAAACCAAAUAGAAAGAAAAUGAGAAGAAGCCAACGUAGACAGGCCUACCACAGAAUGAGGAAUGGUAAGAUGAUCGAAUUGCGCAUGAGUAAGGAGGACAGAAGAAACCAGAAGAAUGCCCAGAAGAAUUUACAAAGUCACACUAGAAGAAGUUUGAGUAAUGUCUUGAACAACAUGCCAGAUAAGGGAGACAAAUGCAUAGUGCAGAAACACAGCAGAUAUCAGUGUAAACCAUGGAGAUCACAAAAGAAGAGUAAAUUUGCAAAGAGAUCGAAUGUAAAUGAAAUUCAAGACAAGCAGUGCUGGUUGUGCGAUAGGAGUAUUAAGUCAUCUGAAAACAACGUGCAGUGUGAUGGCUGUGACAUUUGGUAUCAUGUGCAUUGUAUGAAUUUCUCAAAGAUGAAACAGCUGUUGAGCAACAAAGCUGUGACAUGGUUGUGCAGAAAAUGUGGGAGGAGUACUUAUUCUGAGUCUCUGUUAUGUAAUCUUGGUAUUCCAACAGAUGAUAACAUGUAUGAGUUGACAGUUCAGGAGACAUGCACCGAUGAUGUGGUCAGAGAGAGGUCCGUGAAUGGAAUGUGCAGGAAGGACAGCAACAAAGACAAUCAGAGAAAAAAUAAACCAGCAAGGUUGCCAAGUCAGUGAAGGAACAAGUCUGUUGAAACGUGUUGCUACUUGGCAAGAUGUACACAGGUAUUGUAGUGAUUUGGCAAAGUCUAUGUGCUUGUCUGAUAAUGAGCAGUUUGAAGUUACAGGUGUAUCUGUGUGGUUAGAUGAUGAGGAAAGACACGAUGCUGAUGCAAGUAUAUGUACGGAAGACAAUAAUGGUUCAGUACUGGCAAGGAGUGAUUGCAAUAAAGCAAAAGUGGAUGAAGGAAACUCUGGGUCUAUAGUAGAUGUUGUUGGUUCUGGUAGAGGUUUGUCAAGGACAUGUACGGAUCUACCAAAUAAUUUGAAGGAAGGCAACAAACAUAGUUGCAGUGAAAUGAGUCGCAGUAAUAAAGUCAAUGACAACAGUGAUGUUGAAAUUAUGGAAGUGGUCCAGAUGCAAAGGUUUAAAUUUGUUCCCCUGACUUAUAAUAGGAAGCAGGCAGUAUGUAGUGAACAUAGAAUAGGCCACGUAUCUCUGGACUGUAAUGAGGUUUCAGAUACAUGUGAAGAGAUAGGACGACCUGAUUCAGUGAAGAAAAUUAAAGGAGAUGGGAACUGCUUUUUCAGGGCUAUAUCAUUUGCUGUGUCAGGAUCUGAGGAUAAUCAUUUGCAGUUAAGAAUGGCUACUGUCAAUCACUUGUUAAAAAAUGGAGAUAAAUUCAAUGGUUUUCUGCGACAAGGAUUUGUUAAUGUGGAAGAUUAUAUCACAAGGCAACGAAUGUUUGACUCUGGAGUGUGGGCUACAGAGGUUGAAAUCAUGGCGAUGGCACACUUGCUGCAUACAGACAUAUAUACAUUUGAAGAUGUAAAUAAGUGGUAUGUUUUCUCUGCAAGCACCUUUGAGAGAGAGGCUGCAACAUUAGAUGAGGCAAUAUACUUGUACCAUAGGCGUAGAAUUCACUAUGAUGUUGUGUUGUCAGUUCAUGCAUCAACUCAAUCAAGAAGGCAAUGUGAUAAUGGACAACAGAAAGUAACAAGUCAUAAAGGAGCAGAAUGUGUGAAAAAUGGUACCUCCAGUAAGUCGGAAAAGAAUUCGAAGUGUAAAAGGCGUAAGCGAUCAAAUACAAAAUUACAACAAAGAAAGAAAAGAGAGAAAGCUAAGGAAAGGUAUGCAGACAAGGUGCGUGAAAAGAAUAGGAUUUUAGAGCAAAAGCAAAGUAAAAAGAUGAAAAACCAGAAGAACUACCAAAAGAAUGCAGACAAGAAGAAGGAAUUGCUAAAAAUAAAGUACAGUAGUGACAUGGACUUUAAAACAGAGCGAUUAAAGGCUCAAAAGAGAAACUAUAACAAUGAAACGCAUAAAAAAGGUAUUCUGAAGCAUAAAAAAGAGAAAUAUUGUCACAAUCAAGAAUACAAAGAAAAGAAAAGAAACAGUGGGAAAAGAAAUUACCAUGAUAAUCCUGAAUAUAGAGAGCGGCUAAUCACUAAGGGGAAAAGAAAGUAUAGUCAGAAUCCUGAGUAUAGAGAGAAGCUGAUCACUAAGGGGAAAACAAAGUAUUACAAUAAUCCUGAAUACAGAGAAAACAAAAUCAAUAAGGGUAAAACAAAGUAUAACCAGAAUCCUGAGUACAGAGAAAAGUUAAUCACUGAGGGGAAAAGAAAGUACCGUGAUGAUGCAGGAUAUAGAGAAAAGCUAAUAAAUUAUGAAAAAAGCAAGUGUAAAGCGCAGUACCAUAAAGAUCUUGCUUAUAGACAGAUGAAAAUUAAUCGAGCUAAAUGUAAAUAUCAUGGCAAUGUUUCAUAUAGAAGAAAGCUCAUUGCAAGUAUCAAAAAGAAAUACCGAUGUGUGACAUCUUACAGGGCAAAGUUAAUAAGGUAUGGAAAAAGGAAGUAUGAAAAAAAUAAUGAAUAUCGUAAAAGUAUGGCAAAGAUGAAUUACAAACGUGCUGCGAUUAACAAAGAGAAAAGACGUAACAUUUGUUAUGUUACAAAGAAAUUCAAAGAAAGCAUAGCUAAAGGACCUGAGUAUGUGUGUGCUUGCUGUCAUAAACUGCUGUUUCAAAAGCAAGUUAUACAGUGUAACCUGUACAAA